CUUGUGAUGUUUCUGCUGAUCUACAUGCUGAUCCUAGUGGGGAACCUCACUUUGGUCACCUUAAUCAGAACUGACUCCCAGCUUCACACCCCCAUGUACUUUUUCAUCAGCAACCUAGCUCUCUUAAAUGUCAGCUCCGCCACCAUCAUCACUUCCAGCAUACUGAUUACUUUAAUAUCAGUGAGAAAAGUCAUUUUGUUCUCUGGGUGUGCUCUGCAAUUCUUCCUACGCAUCGCAUUGUCCUGUGAAUGUUACCUCAUGGCGUACGAUCGCUUUAUGGCCAUCUGCAACCCAUUGCUCUACACUGUCGUCAUGUCCAAGCGGUUUUGCAUGCUGCUGGUGCUGGGGUCCUACCUAGUGAGCUGCGUGAAUGCAAUUGUUCAAUCUAUAUUUAUAUUCCGUUUGUCCUUCUGCAACUCAAACGUCAUCAACCAUUUCUUCUGUGAUGUGUCCCCGAUCCUGAAACUGUCCUGCUCUGACACCCGCAUUACAGCCAUUGUUCAUUUCACCUGUGCCACUGUGGUGGUAAUACCUACUAUCUUGAUCAUCCUCAUCUCCUACAUAUACAUUGUUGUAACUAUCCUAAGGAUCAACUCUGCCAAGAGCCAACGCAAAGCCUUCUCCACCUGUGCCUCCCACCUGGCAGCCAUCACCGUCUUCUACAGAACAGGCUCUUUCAUGUAUUUACGGCCCAGUUCAAAGUACCUCAUGGACCACGACAAAAUCAUUUCUUUGUUUUAUACCCUUGUGAUCCCCAUAUUGAACCCCCUGAUCUACAGCCUGAGGAACACGGAGGUGAAAAAGGCCUUUACGAGGAUGUUACACAGGAAGAUUUAUUCUCAGAAUUUAAACGUUGGGAGGGGGUUUUUAACAGUAAACGGGGGGAGUGAGUUCUUUACAUCAUCUUGUUUUUUGUGGAUAACCAUCCCAGUGCAUCUUGUACCAAAAAGAACAAAGGGGUAA